AUGAAGAAUGACACAAACCAGACCCAGAGCGGGGACAAGAUGGUAGAGCAGAUCAAGAGUGAGCUCGAGGUUGAGGUCGAGGAUAUAGACCAGACCAAGGCUGCGGACAAGGCGGAGGAAGGCAAGAACGAGCAGAGUGGUCAAGAGCUGUCUCAGCUGCCAGAUGCAGAGGAGAGCGGACAAGAGCUGUCUCAGCUCCCAGAUGUACCCACUACAGACCCAGGUGAGCAUGGUCUGCCUGAGGCUAAGAAACUCAAGACAGAUCACAACUAG